GCUAUGGUGUUAGUGCUGCUGGUGGCCAUUCCCCUACUGGUUCACACCACCAAAAGUGGGGGCACUGGAAGUGCAGGGAGCCAUUAUGAAAUGCUUGGCAGCUGCAGGAUGGUAUGUGACCCCUACACCACUUCUCAAACUGGCCAGGAGCUGACAGCUGUGUCUCCACCACCCCAGGAUUACUCUGGACGGAAGACUAAGUCUGGGCUGCGUGGGCCUCCAGGGAUCCCGGGUCCCCCUGGAGCACGUGGUCCCCCAGGAGAGCAAGGCAAACCAGGGCCACAGGGGCCCCCAGGUCCAGGUCCUGGUGGCUAUGUUCCCUCACUUUACACUCCCAAGAUCGCUUUCUAUGCAGGGUUACGCAAGCAGCACGAGGGGAGUGACGUGUUGAAGUUUGAUGAUGUGGUGACCAAUGUAGGUAACUACUAUGAGCCCACCACGGGCAAGUUCACCUGCCCUAUGCCUGGCAUCUACUACUUCACCUACCAUGUCCUGAUGAGGGGCGGUGAUGGAACCAGCAUGUGGGCUGACCUGAAGAAAAAUGGACAGGUGAGAGCCAGCUCCAUCGCUCAGGAUGCUGAUCAGAAUUAUGACUACGCCUCCAACAGUGUGAUCCUGCAUCUGGACGUCGGUGAUGAGGUGUAUGUGCAGCUAGAUGGAGGGAAAGUCCAUGGAGGAAAUACUAACAAAUACAGCACCUUCUCGGGCUUCCUCAUCUACCCGGACUGA